GCUUCCAGCAACACGUUUCUCCUGGAUUCCACCCCAAGACCUCUCCGCUCAGGACAGAUGGCUCCCAGCACCGUUUUCUUGGAGCCCGACAACCUGCUGACACCAAAGGAGAAAAACAAACUGAGGAAGCCGGUGGUGGAGAAAAUGCGCCGGGACCGGAUUAACAGUAGUAUCGAGCAGCUGAAACUGCUCCUGGAGAAGGAGUUCCAGAGGCACCAGCCCAACUCCAAGCUGGAGAAAGCCGACAUCCUGGAGAUGACUGUCAGCUACCUGAAGCAGCAGAGCCAGCUGCAGAUGAAGACUGCAGGAUCCUUCCAUAAAAGCUCCCAGUUUGACUACAGAGAGGGCUACUCCAGGUGUUUGCAAGAAGCAUUCUAUUUCCUCUCUCUCCACAAAGUCCGAACUGAAACACAGACCAAACUUUUAAGCCACUUCCAGAAGAGCCAGUCAGCUGCUCCAGAGGUGUCCUUCUCCCCUGGGAACGCCGGUGCCCUGAAACAAGUGUCUCCAAAGGACAGCAGCCCUCUCUGGAGGCCCUGGUAAUCGGGGGAGUCCUCACUGCACAGACCCGUGACAGUCCAGAGGAGGGAUCUGACUGCAUCUGAUAGUCCAGCUCUGAUCCUCUCUCCUGUAGGGAAUUUUAUUUCCCCCCGUGUUUUAUUUAUGUAUGAGAGAAUGCCAUGCUUUUGACUUUUUCGGGAUCCUCUGGCAAAAGUUGAGGUGUUCUGUUUAGUGUUGAAGCUGUGUAAGCACUGGUGCAGUGCUGCCCGGGCAGGGGCAACGUCUUCAGAAUGAAGGAGGGUGUUUGUAAAUUUUACAGUUUUGAUGGACAGGAAUUGCUGUAGGAGAUUUUCUCUAAUAUUCCCAGUAAGAGCCGUCAGCUUUGCUCUGGCUUGACUGACAACUCUGGUUGGCUCAGUCACUCUGGAGGAUAAAUUUAUUCCCUUUGGUUCAUGAACACUUGGUUAAAACAUUACCCUCUAUUUGCUUAUCAGUUGUGCAGCAUCAAAAACGGGUUUGGUUUUGGUUUGGGUUUCUCCCCCAUGGCCCUUUCAUAGUCCUGUAUAUACAGUGUGAGGGAUGACCAGGAGUUAGGAAACUAUGUGGAAUAUUUCUACUAUUUGAUGCUUUUUUCAAUUUAGAAAAAGAGUAUGUUAUUGCUUUAUGUUAAAGAAAAGUAGUAGGUAACAGGCUUGAUUUGUCAAUGUUAUACAUUUUGGGUGUAAGCUAUGCUUUUUUAGCAUUUUCAUUAUAAUAAUGAUUUUUAUCUGUAUUGAGUGGUUGAAUUCAUGGUGGAUGGUGUUUCUCCCAGUGCUGGGACUGCCCUAUGGCUCACCUGCAUACUGUGUAUGCGUCUCUGUGUGUGUAGAGAGAAAUAAAAUGCAUUUGUGUGCAAUUUCUGUGUGGG